GCAGGGAGCCGCGUCCAGCCCCGGCCGGAGCCUCCCGCGGAGCCGCGAGCGGCCGGGCCGGGCCGGCGGGAACAUGCCCAGCGCGGGCUCGGCGCAGGGACUGUUUCAAAGCCUCUGUCAGAAGUCCCUCACUAGAAACUGCCAAGGGCACCGAAGGGAGUCAUGGAGCAAGAGAGAAGGUUCUGUUGUGGAUCGGUGACUGGCUACGAGAUGGGACUAGACAGUCGAUGUUCAGCGUGGCCAAAGGGGCACAGAGCAUGCCGCAGUCUUCUAACCUAGGGCUGGUUUUUAGUAUAUUCAUUAAUUACCUGGAAAAUGGGGCUCCGGUGACAUUUGAGGAUGUUGCAGUCUAUUUCUCGCCGGAGGAGUGGAAGGAGUUAGCGGAAUGGCAGAAAGAACUGUACUGGGACGUGAUGAAGGAGAAUUACGAGCUCGUCACCUCGCUAGUAGAUGAUGAGAUUGUGAAUGAAAGUAUGGAGGAGAAGAAUCAGGAGGAAGAUGCUGAAAACCUGCUUCCCGUGAAGACCUUUUCAGUGAAGCUUAAAGAGAAAGUUUCCCAAAGUUCAGUGAAGGUGAAAAACUGCCUGAGUCAGAGCAAACUCCAGACAACGCAAAGAAACUCAGUAGGAAACACGCAAGGGCUAUCCACAAACAGCACGGCUCAGCAGAAAGCCCAGGUGACGGAGAGACCAGACGCCCUUCAGGAAUGCAAACGAAGCUGUGUGGAGAAGACAGAUCUCCUAAUACGACAGAGGAACCACAAGAGGGAGAGGCCGUUUCCCUGCAGUGAGUGUGGGAAAUGCUUCUCUCAGAAAGGGGACCUGAAGAUCCACCUGAGAAUCCACACAGGGGAGCGGCCAUACGCAUGCACCGAGUGUGGGAAAAGCUUCACCCAGAGGGGAUACCUGAAGAUCCACCUGAGACUCCACACAGGGGAGAAGCCCUUUCCAUGCACUGAAUGCGGAAAAAGGUUCCCGUCAAAGGGGGAUCUCAAAAUGCACCAGAGGAAGCACACGGGGGAGAGGCCCUUUCUGUGCAGUGAAUGUGGGAAGAGCUUCACUCGCAAGGUGGACCUCAAAGUCCACCAGAGGAAACACACGGGAGAGAGGCCCUUUACUUGCACCGAGUGCGGGAAGAGUUUUACUUCCAAGGGCUAUCUCAAGAUACACCUGGGACAGCACAAGGGGAAGAGGCCGUUCACAUGUCUGGAGUGCGGGAAAAGCUUCAUUUCCAAGGGCUCCCUCAAGGCGCACCAGAGAAUCCACACGGGUGAGACGCCCUUCACAUGCACUGAGUGUGCGAAGAGCUUCACCACCAAGGGCUAUCUCAAGAUACACCAGAGGCUGCACACGGGGGAGACCCCGUAUCCCUGUCCCGAGUGUGGGAAACGCUUCACCACCAAGGGCUAUCUGAAGAUACACCAGAAAAUCCACACGGACGGGACCCCCUUCAUCUGCAGUGAUUGCGGGAAGAGCUUUGCCACCAUGCGAUAUCUCAAGAUGCACCAGAGAAGCCACACGGGGGAGACCACAUUCACCUGCGCGGAGUGUGGGGAGAGCUUUGCCCAGAAGGGCUAUCUCCGCAUCCACCAGCGGAUGCACACAGGGGAGGGCCUGUUCACCUGCUCUGACUGUGGGAAAAGCUUCACUGCCAAGUACCUGCGGAUCCACCAGCGAAUGCACACAGGGGAGAGGCCCUUCACUUGCACGGAAUGUGGGAAAAGCUUCACUGCGGAGGGGUCUCUGAAAAUCCACCUGAAGAUCCACAGCAGGGUGCUGCUGAGUAUAUGCACCGACUGCGGGAAAAGCUUCUCCUCCAUGCGCUAUCUCAAGGUGCACCAGAAAACCCAUUCCCAAGAGCCAGUGAUACUACCCAGCGAAAGUGGGGACGGUUUCCCGCAGAAGAUGCUUGCCACUGUCCCUCAGAAAGCCCACCGAGAAAUGAUCUCAUUUACCUGCAAGGACUGUGGGAAAAGCUUCUGCCAGAAGUCUAAUUUAAUAACGCACCAGAAAGCCCAUACGCAGGAGAGACAGGUUCUAACACACAGGCCCAGCGCCGGCCCUGCUGCCGCAUCACUGACAUCAGUGAAGUUGCACCCAGUGAAUUUGGCUCAGGAAGUUUUAAGAGCAGGGAAAGAUCAUCUCGACCCAAAUCCCUAUCCCCUGGUCAUGGAUUUAAAGCCCAGCUUCCAGUUUGCUCUGCAGACCUGUCCACUUUCCCCAGGAGUAAAUCUAGGUGUCUCUUGAGCUCAUGUGGCAUCCCGCUCCUGCUGAUGACGUAUUCCAUGUGGUUAUUGUUACCUUUUGCAUGAUGUAGCUCUGCCCAGGUUCCUCCAUUUACUCCCAAUUCCUAACCCUCCCCUGAUGCACCCUUCCAAGGAAGCUGGAUGGUACCCGGUCCUGUAGUGCCCCAGGUGGGGACUCACAAGAGCCUUACAUGCUACCACAUCCUUUGGUUUUCCUUCUCUUCUAUCCAUGCAGCAUAGCAUCUGGUCUGGCUUUUUUGCUGCAGCUUUGCAUUGAGCAGGUGGUUUCAAUGAUUUUAUCACAAUCAAUCCCACUUGCGUGCUGGGUGACUAGGGAUACUGAGCAUAGAUUCCCCUCCAUUGCUUGCUCACUCACACACUAAUUUAAUUGAACUGCAUUUCUGAUCAGUCAGUGCAGUCACCUACACAAUACAGAUCCUUUACCACCCAGUGCCCAGAUCCGUAUGAUCUCUUCUGACUCCGUUUAGCAUCAUGUACAAACCCUGAGCUCUGGGGCUGCAUUCAUCCCACGUAUAACUUCACUGGAGAUACACCGGGGUGAAUUGGGACUUUGCAGAAGCCUCCUUAGGAUGGCAGAGGCCAUAGAAUCGACCCUGAGCCAUUCCACUCAUCAUCCAGUCUGUUGCUCCCUGUUGACUCCUGUUCUGGGAGUGCCGCGUGUUAGAGAAAGUUCACUGAAAACCCAAGUUAACGUAACAGAUGAGCAAACCGCAAAAGAGGCCAGGAAUCAUCGACGUGCUCAGUGCAUGAAAAGUUCCCUCCGGAGGAGAAGGGGCAGAACUAGACAGCAAGCCCAGGCUAGAAAGAACAAAUGUUGGUUCUGGUGGUGGUGGAAGAGCAGCGUGUGAGAAGAUCCACCUUUGAGGCCAAGGGAGACAUUGCACAUGCAGCCGUCAGAUGUAUGGGGAGGGAGAAAAGCCAAAGUCACUGAAAUGGCAGCAUGGAGCCCAUGACAUUCAUGCAAUAAGUCCCUCUAUAUUCUACAGCAGAGAACUUGCAAGGGAUCAAAGGCAGGUGGCAAACAGCAGAAGAGCUGCUGGCAAGGGGUCCAGGCUAACUCCCUGGAGAAGGUGGACGAAACUACAAGGAUCAUAAUAAUUAUAGAUGGAAAAGAGCUGCGAGAUCAUCUAAGUGAUUAUGUGACUGAGACCUGCCCCAGCCAGCUUCCUUCAUUCCUGCAUCUGUGUUUUAGGGGGCUCUGCUUCCCCCGGACAUUGGGCUGGACGAGUUCCUGGGGGACACUGGGCAACAGCGGCUGAGGAGAAGGCAUUCUGCCCCUUUCUCAGGUUUAUUCCCACAGCAACCGAUAUUGUGCCAGGCUCCCCUGGAGUUUUGCAGUUACUAACUCUGGGCCUUAUCCUUGUGGGACAGGUCAAACGAUAGCAUCUUGUAGGGCCCUGUACUGAUACAGCCUCUGGGGAUGGGGCUGGCUUUCACUCAUCCCCACAGCCAGGCCUCUCCUGUGUCAGCUCCGCAUGGCGUGUCCUGGGGCCAGAAGCAGCUUCCUUUUCUGUGAGGUGGUGUUCAGAGGGUCGGGUGUUCUGGCUGGUGCUCAGUGUCUCUGACUUGUCACACUUCCCGGUGAAUAACUCCCAGAAGUUUUUAACACCAAUGGUUGGCGCCUGUCCCGCAGGUUCCAGGGCUUGGAGAUCUGGUUCUCCCAGCUCCUUCACUGCUGCACAGGAAUCGUUCAGGAUGUCCUUGAUGUCUCCCAGUUGUCCUGCACGCACCUCGGGAGCUGCCUUUGUUCAGAGCGCCUGUGGAUGUUUAUGGCUCAAGGCAGUGCAGGUGCUCAUGUGAUGCUGAUGGUGCUGCGGAGCGGGUAGGGCUGGGAGCUGGGGACUCCAGGGUUCUAACGGGCUCGGCUCCGGAUUCCCUGUGUGGCCUUGAGUCACUGCCCCUCUCUGUGCUCCGGUUUCCCUUCUGUAAAAGGCAAGUAGGGCUCUCCAGCCACAAAGUGGAGCUAGUUCCUCUUGAUCACAGCCCUAAAUGCUGAGCGUCGCUCUGAGAGGACGCAGAGAUGAUCUCGCUGGGGAAAAUGAGUCACUCACGGUCCCCUGACCUUCUUGAGGAUUCAAGGCAUGACAUGUACAAGCUCCAGGGACUGGAAGCCAGGACUUUCACCUCUGACACUGGCUCAGUAUGUAACCAUGGAGAUGUCACAUUACCCGCUCUAUGCCUCAGUUUCCCUGUCUGGAACGUGUAGGGUUGUGAGGAUUAAUGUUGAUAUUUGGCUUUGAGAUGCACUGCUGAACGGCACUAGAGACAGGGCGAGUAUUAUCCUCACUAAGCAAUUUCUGCGGGAGAGGUUUGCUUCACUGCUCUCAGUUCUUAUGGGCACUUUCUACAUGUGUUUUCCUAAUAUGCCAGUUACCAAAGGAUCUGGGCACUAAAGCCACAAAUUAAUAAAAAAUUAGGACCAUCCUGCCUUCCCCUCAAUGGAACUAGUCACAGAGCACAAGUGGUAAUGCAGCAGAUGGCAGAAUCAGUUCUUUGGAGUGGCUGGGUCUUGCUCUAAAGGAAAUACUAUGGCCAGUCUAUCUUCCUCCUCGGUAGCUUGGGGAGUCGGACGCCCCAGGGGUGCAUAUGGGAACUGUGAACAGAUUCACCUGACACGCUGCCUGGUUCCAUACAUUUGCACUGAGCUGUGUUGCAAUAAGAGAUAAAGAGGUAGGAAUAGCAGGCAGGGGGAGAAAGACACCAUGGGUCAUAUUCUCAGCUGCAGUAAAUCAGCAUAGUGCUCCUGACUUCAGUGGCUGAAUCCAGCCCCAUGCUUCUGAACCCAGGAGUCUGCUGGUGCUGCCUAACAUGGACAUCCUGCUUCCCCUACCAUCCCUGGCUUGGGUGUACAAUCAAAUUAUUAAAGACACUGCCACUAAUGUAUGGUGGAAAGGCCAAGGCCAAAUAAAACUAUGCUACCCCAUGGACUGCCAUUAGGUUGUACAGAUGUCACUGGCCAAAAUUUGGUUGCACAUAAAUACCAUUUAUAAGGUAGAAAGGGCAAUCCUGGACUCAAAACAAGUCUGGGAACCUGCUGUGUAUUUCCAUGCACGUUGGAUGAGACUGGGAGCAGGGAGGACGGCAUAGGACAAAAAGUGGGGGUUAAUGGAUUACAGAUUGUUGUAAUAAGCCCUAACUGAGUCCUCCUCCUCCUCAAAGGAAACCUGCAUAACGCUUUCAAAAGACAAGCCUGGGAGCUUAAAUCCCUAACUCUGCUAGACACUGAAGCUCAUGGGCUGAACAGAGACACGGGAGUCCUGGCUUAUUACAGCAAUCUGUAACCUACUAACCCCCUGCUUUUUGUCCUCUGACCACAGAGGUGCUAACGGGACACUCUACCUUGCAUGGUCCCUUGCAAUAUGCGCUAACUACUCAUGCCAAACAAUCCGUCCCACCUGGCCUUUAGCUGUGAUGCUCCCAGUACGGUUCCCAGAGCUCUGGGCAGCUCUACACUUAAAACCCUGUCAGCGCAGCUGCGCCACUGUAGUGUGUAAGUGAAGCUGCUCCUGUGCCGAUGGGAAAGAGCUCUCCCAGCGGCAUAGUUAACCCACCUCCCCGAGAGGCGGUAGCUGUGUCGGCAGGAGAAACUCUGCUGACAUAGUGCUGUCUACAUCGGGGGUGUGUGUGUGUGUGUUAGGUGUGGAUUUUUCACACCCCAAGCGACGUGAUUAUACCGAUUCAGGUCUGCAGUGUAGACCAGACCUCUGUGCGGCUUGAAAGCUUGUCUCUCACCAGGAGAAGCUGAUCCAAUACAAGGUGUUACAUCCCCACCUACGCUAGAGGGCGAAAUUCAUAGAGCACAAGGCCUAUGUCCCGUGUCAGCCUCUCUGCUGCCCUCUGCCUAGUAGGAGAAUUUCACCUCGGGUGAGUGUUAGACCCAAAGGACGGAUGAUGCCAGGGGCUAGAUAAAUGAGGUUGAAAGGACCAGACGUAGGCAUCAAAGAACAGCCUAUGAGUGCUGUGAGGAGCCUCAGACAUGCUACACCAAUUAACCACCUGGCUAUCGGGCAGUUAAGGCACCAGCGGAGAACAGCCAGAUGCUAUGGGGGCAGGGCAGGGCAGACAAGACAAUUCCAUCAGUGCAGAGCUGAGAAAGGAAGCUCAAGAGGACUGACAUAGAAUCAUAGUGCUGGGUUUGAGAAAUCCUUUGGUUAGGGAAGGAAAUUAGUUGAAUAUUUGCUCCAUUUACAAAGAGCCGUUACAGCAAAUAUAGAAAGUGGACAUUAAUAUACUAAUAUGGAGAAAAGGCCAUAAAUUCAGGCAACUGAAUGAUGGGUUUUGAAGGACACGUUUUCAAGCCUCUUCAGCAUAAAUCUUAAAAAGAAGACAAGCCCCGGGAAAGCCCCAGGAUGUAAGAACUUAAGAUCCUACCUGGUUUCUCCAUUUAAGUUGUUCUGUGAAUCUGAAAGGUAAAGAUUUGGUAUCUAAAUCUUUCCAGAGAGGUUCUGGAGAUGCCUCAAGAAAUGAGAAGUGGCUCAGAGAAAAUGGCAGGACCAGAAUCCAGAAGCCCAUCUGGGUUACAGUAAAUGGAACAUGGGUUAAACAAGAUGGUAAGAAGCAGCAGAAGAGGGUGAACUGCCAGAAGUCGGAGCAGACUCUGAGCAUAUGUGUGAGGAAAACGGGAACACUGAGCUCUAUAGCUGCGAUUCCUGAUGCGUCACCUUUCUUUCUAGUCCUGGAGGAAACACAACAUAAAGCCAUUUGUUGCCUUAACGUAAUGGGCUCAACCAGUCCUUGAAACUGAAACUAAAGUGACCUCUUUGUGAGUUUGCUUGAGGGUGACUUCUGAGGUUCAGAAAGGGGUCAUGAUGCUUUCCAGUGUCUUCAGUGUUUGAUGAGUGAUUUCUGGUUUUUCUAUUUUACCAUUGCAGGGACUCCAUGAUAAGGGGCCAAACCCAGUCUCAUUUACAACCAUGUAAAUUCCACAGGGAGGGUCAGGCCAAUGUCCAUUAGAGGCCAAUCUAAGGGCUCCCACUGACUUUCACAGCAUUGAAUCAGGCCUGAACUCCACUGCAGUCAGGGAAGCUGCUCCAUAAUUCAGUUGCUGUGUGGAAGAGUGGAAUCGGGCCCCAGGGUGGAACCUUGCCAAAGGGGAUAGGAGAAAUGUGUUUCUUUAACCUACUGAGAAGAUGAGGCAGGGGCUGUAAACAGAAAUGUUUGAAUGUAAAUACAACGAGGACACAUUGCAUGGGUUUCUGAUUUUAAUUAUGUUUUUUUUUCAUGCGUUGUAUUGUUGGUCUCUCUACAAGGAAACAGGGAGAGAGGCUGGAUAAAGCCAGGGCCAAGGCGUGCCUCUGUUGGAAUCAGUGGGACAGGGUUUCACUUUUCAUUCUGAUCCUUGGGAUUUGUUUUCCAGGCGUGAUCACAGGUUUUCCAAGUAUGGGUCUAGUUAUUUCGUCUGACCAAGUACGAGUUUGGGCUCCACGGUAGCACUGUGAGAAUCAGAGAGAAAGGGGAAAGUCAGAUAUAGGGUCCUAUUAUCUUCAUUACUCAGCCCGGAAGGGGAUUAGAGGAAGAAACCCCGCAAACAAGCUGAUGUGAUGCUGUCCACUUUCCAUCUGAGCCAGAGGAACCCUUUCCCAUGUGGUAGCUUGCUGCAGGGUUUAGAGCUGAACUGGGGAAAAAAGUCCUUUAUUUCCACUAUGGUUUUCUAUAGUGCUAGAACUUUUUGCACAGCGCAUAAAAACUAGUUCUGUGUGGGCUAUUAGAGUAGGAGAGCACAAACAUGUAUGCGUCUGCUGUGCUGUUGAUUCUACAAAGCUACUAUUCCCAGCGUUACGCAGAGCGUGAAAUAGAAUUUAACAAAGUUUCAGGUUUCUGGGGUAAAGUAGGCCUGAAAUAUUGGCACUUAAUUGUCUUCCUAAACAAAAUAAUUCAGCUAGUUUUAUAAGGAAUGAACAUAUUCCUUACAAGAGAAUUUGUAUAUUUAAUACAUUCUUUUUGCUGAUAGCUUUGAAGAAUGAUCUCAGAAGAAAAGGUCUGCAAAUCUUAGACUGCUACAAUCUGUAUGAUUUAGAUGAACAUUUUAAAUUUUUUCCUUUUGUCAAUCAACGUCACCAAUAAAGGCUUGUUUCUUUUAGAGACUAUGUAGGUACAGGCUGGUAACUUUGUAUAGCGUGCAAAACACUCAAACAUUAAGAGAGAUUAUCCUAACAAAAUCUAAAAGGGACACAGUAUUAUGGGAUGUAAAAUGGCAUGAUCUCCAACUGGAUAACGCAGCACUGGGUGGCCAUGGGAGUAUGAUGACUACAGCCUUAGACUGUACUACAGUCAUAUGGCACAUUCAAAGACAGACAGACCUCAAGAAGAUACAGCCAUACUUGAUGCUUGGAAGUUCUAGCAAGAUAUGGGACUGGGGCUGGAGCGGCUGUUGGCUCUGUCUUAUAUACCGAGUAAUAUUUCUGAGCCCGCUCUGGUGCAGGUACUUUUCGUGUUUUAGGCUUCGUUACUCAGUGUGUACUAAUAAUGAAACACAUGGUAAACAUGCAAAAGAAAAUAAGGGUUGUCUAUAUAUAUAAGGUAAUCAUGGCAUCCAUGUCUCACAUGUAUUUGGCUAUUCUGUAUGCAUAAUUUAUGCCUGUUGAUUACUUUAUUUAAUCUUUGGCUCUUUUUUGCUUCUUUGCUCGUUUGUUCUUCUCUAUAUUUCUAAAUAAAGAGGAAAGAAAAAGUUAA